AUGGUGGCGACAAAAGCACCACCACCAGAUUUGUCCGCCUUGGGCGACAUCCAUGCUCCAGAUAACCCUAUCUCAAGCAACACCAACACUGGCUCAGGCACAGGCACAGGCACACCCGAAGCCAGAUCCAGAUCCAGGUCUGCGCGCACCAACACCCGCACCCGCAGGCGGGACUCAGGAUACCAUGAGGACGCCAAGGAAAGUCUCAGCUCUAGUUCUCGGAACUCGUUUAUCCUGGGCGGCGGGGAGACGGUGGGCAUCGUUGGCUCGGGGAUGGCGGGGCUUGCUGCAGCUUUCUUGCUUGGGAAUGACAGGCAGAGGAGGUUUGAGGUUGAGCUCUUGGAGGUGCAAGAUGUUCUGUCGCUGGAUUCGGCGAGCUUUGAGCUUCCAAGGUCUACUGAGGCUGAGGCUCAGGCUCUAGAAAUAGGAGGAGGCCUUGCUUAUGACUUUCCUAAAAACGCGAGGAAGGAUGAUCAAGACGAUGACAACGAAAAUGAAGGGAGAAGAGUUGACCUGCCCAUGCGCGCCUUCGCUGCCGGGUACUACGACAACCUCCUGAAGAUGUACAGGUAUCUCGGUGUGGUGUUUGCCUCGCCAAAAUUCGUCUACAGCAUAUCUUUCUCCAAGAACAGCCAAUGCCCUGCUUCCGACUCCAAGAAAGACGACGAAGAAGGAGGGGCCUACUUCAUCCACUCGUCCAACAACCACAUCCUCCCACCUAUCCGACCUGCAGGCAUUACCGGCACAGAGUACUUCUUCGAAAUCCUGUAUCUCCUCUUUUGGUAUUUCUGGUUUACACUCGCCUGCUUCUGGAUACCACCCAAGACGACUCCCCCGCCGAAGAAGGGAAAGAGCAAGGGGAAGAAAAGAAGAAAGUCCAGCGCAAGCGAGACAGAACACGCCCACGACCUCUACAGCAACACCACCGGCACAGGCGAGACCCUGCGCGCGUACCUCUCCCGCGUCAAAAUCCCAACCUACUACACAACCCGGUACUUCCUCCCACUCAUGUCGAGCAUUACAACCUGCACGCACGCCGAACUUCUCGACUUCCCAGCCUCCGACAUCAUCAACUACGCACGCCAAACCCACCGCAAGCCACACUACACUCUAACCCGCGGCGUCAAAGCAGCCGAGAAGCGCCUCUCCGACGGCCUGAACGUGAGAUACAACCACAGAGUCACCAAGGUCGAGACGUUACGGACCGGGCGAGUCCGCGUCCACUUCAUUGCAAACCAAGGGAAGGAGAGCGAGCGCGAAGGCGUGAAGGAGUACGAUCGCGUCAUCAUCGCCACAACGCCCGAUGUCACAGGGAAGAUCUUCAGUCCGCUCUCGCUGGCGAUGAAGGUCAUUCCGACGACGGAGGUGCGCACCGUCGUGCAUCGCGAUCGCAGCCGCGUAGGCAAGACCAGCGCUUACCUGGGUGCCAAUGAGCGUCUGCAAAAGCGCAACAUCAAGACCUUUGAUCAGGAUAAGUCGAUUGCGUCGUCGAAUGGUUCACGGGGCCCAGACGGCUCCUGCGCUUCUGUUCUCACGGCCAUGCAUAUGGUCACUGAGACCGAUGCCUCGGGUACAACGCGCACCGAAUCGAUCCACGAACACCCAGCCAACGUCCUAGUUACCACAUACGCGCUUGAGAAUAGCAUCGCAGAGGACAAGAUCCUGCACAGCGUGCGCUUCACGCGCGUCCUUCGAACAUCUGCAAGCCGCGACGUGGUGAAUUCGCUGUUCUCGUACGCGAAACCGCCCGGCGCGACGGCGUGUAAGGACAAGGAGAAAGGGAAGGACGCCGUCGCCGUUGAAGGGUGGAAGAACGGCGAUGGCAAUGUCUAUGUUGUGGGUGGUUGGUGCUGGGAUGGAAUGGUCCUGCUCGAGGGGUGCGUGGUUUCAGCUGUGAGGGUUGCGAACGAGCUUGGGAUUCAGGCGCCGUGGGAUCAGGAUGAGGAGCAGGAGACUUGGUUUUAG